ACAUCGAGACUGCGCGAGUUGCACUACAGUUCAUGCGUUUUACGAACUCUCAAUUCAUAACCGUGUAUUCCGCAAUAAUUUUCGACCUCUCAGGAGCUUUGGUGAUUUCAAAAGGACAAUAAAUGAUCUUCAAAUCUUGUGACUGAUCUUCUCCUGCCAGACUGCUACCGAAGAUAACUGACGAAACUAUUCAGAUGGUUCCUUUGUUAGACUGUUAGACAGACCCGUCUAAAAUGCCAACUCUAUUAGAAGCUCUUGAACAGAAAUAUGGAUGGAUUUCAACUGAAUCGGACUGCUCAGAAGACGAAGGCAUUUCGAUAUCAAUUUUCGUACCAUGCAAAUCACCAAGAGCAGCGGUUCCAGCUCUUCUUGUCCUGAACGACUGUGAUAUCACUUCAGCUGGUGAGAAAAAUGCCCUGAAAGCGAAAUGCGGGAGUGUGGAAGAACUGGACCUUGCAAAAAAUAAACUCAAUGAGUGGUCUGAGGUUUUCAAGAUACUCGAACCAAUGCCAUCUCUGAAAUUCGUGAAUCUAAGUUUCAAUGUUCUAUCUUCACCAAUAAAGGAGCAAAAGAUUUUCGAGGACUUGAAAUGGCGUGAAUUAAGAAACUUGGUCCUGAACUCCACCUACAUAAAAUGGGAAAGCGUUCUGGAACUCCUCGACUGCAUCCCCUGUCUGGAGGAGUUACACUUGAGCCUCAACGAUUACAACAGUGUUUGUUUACAUCACGAGAGAAUGAAGUGUUCUCCCGAAAAAAACGAUGAAGAAGAAGGUCGUGAACAUUGUACCUGCGAUUUCUACAAAUCGGAUCAUAAACACAUAGGCAUUCGGACCCUCCAUUUCAACGGAAAUCCUGUCAACAAGUGGAUGGAAGUUACUAAACUGGGCUACGCGUUUCCCAAUUUGGAGAGCCUUGUGUUAGCUGAUUGUCCUAUUUCAUCCUUGAACAUACACGAUAUUGAUGAUGCAACAGGCGAUUGUUUGAGCGCAAACAAUAAUAGCUCUGCAUGCGCUAGCUUUGGGAAUUUGAGGACAAUCAAUAUGAAUUCUACUAAUUUGUCAACUUGGGAUGAUAUAGACCAACUGGCUAAAUUCCCGCUGCUGGAGUGUGUUAGAAUUCAGGGUUGUCCUUUGUGGGAGAAACAUGAAUAUACUGAACACGAAAGAAGGCAGCUCCUAAUAGCUAGACUACCGAAUGUCAAAACACUGAAUGGUGGUGGAGUGAUAACACCCGUAGAAAGAGAGGAUGCUGAAAGAGCAUUCAUACGAUAUUACAUGGAUAAGCCAGAAAGUGAUCAGCCUGAAAGAUAUUUCGACUUGAUUCAAAUCCACGGUAAACUCGACCCACUGGUGAACAUCGAUUUACGUCCAGAAAAGAGGGUGAAAAUCAAAUUCACUCUUGGAGAAACCAGCGAGAUCAAACUUAUAGAUGUGCAUCGGACUGUGUUUGAGCUGAAAAGCAAACUAGAAGGUUUUGCUGGAUUUCACGCAUCCAAAAUGCGAUUGUUCUAUGUAGAUCAAGAUUUGAGGGACAUGCAGGGUCCUGAAGAAAUGAGAUUUCCUAACAAGAGAUUGUACAGCUACAACAUUCGGUUUGGAGACGAAAUUAUUAUAGAAUGUAAGAAAAAACCUGGUGAUAGUGUUAAACGAUAGUAUAGAGUAAGAGGACACAAAGCUAACCCCUAACAAAAAUACUGCCAUUCUUCACCCUUAUCUUCGGAAGUGGAGUAGGUCCGUAUUAUCAUCAUAGCCAGACAGUGAUUAUAUUAGAUUUAAUUAUUAUGUACCUAUAUGAGAGUAAUUAAUUGUUAGAAAAUAAAAUAUUGUGAUU